ACGUUCUUCUCUCCUCUCGCCCUCCCUAUCUCUAGCUCCUCCUCGUUUUGCGUCAAAGAGGAAGAAAUCUUUCUAUCGCUUGAUUCUCGUUAUCUGCGAUUCUUCAGAAAAAAAAGGUACCUGCAUUUUAAAGAUUUCCUUAGCGUCGUUUUCAUUUCGGAUUGGAGAUUCUGUUAGAGGAUUGAAGAUUUCCUGUGGAACGUGAAAGCAAAAAUAUUAACAGCAUUUUCAAGCCCUUUUUUGGCCCAUCGUGCUUGAGGCGAUGAAAACCUAUAGCAUUCAGGAGCCCAGUGCUUGAUGGACUGCUUGCCAAGCAGCAGUGACAAGAUAACUCUGAAGAGGUGGUUCUUCCUCGAUAAAAGGGUUGGGUGAAGAAAUACCUGACAUCCAAUAAAAUCUGUUAUAGGUUCAAUUUGCAAGGACAAUCUACUGUUAGCAUUUGCUUUCUUUGGCGUUAUAAAUUAUCUUGCGAAUCUGGAUCACCUGGAUCCGAUGGACCUCAAAUCAAAUCACAGUGCUCCUGUGCUCACUGAUUCUGCACCCCUAGGCAAGUCAAGACUGGGUGGGCAUCAUGGUUUGUUCCCAUGCUCACCCUCAGGUGGUGCAGCUUUUUCACCGAAUCUAUGGUUAUCUAUUCCUAAGAAGAAAACUGGAGUUCUUGAUGAUGUUCGCGCCAUUGGUUGGCUGGACGCAAUGAAAUCAUCAUCUCCUCCUCACAAGAAGUUUAACAAGGAUAUUAACAUAGAGCUUUCCUCGCCUGAUCCGGAAGCUGCCUACCACACUUGGCUUCUUAAAUAUCCAUCUGCUCUUGCAUCUUUUGAGCAAAUCGCAAACUUUGCAAAAGGCAAGAGAAUCGCCUUGUUCCUGGAUUAUGAUGGUACUCUAUCGCCGAUUGUAGAAAAUCCUGACAAUGCCUUCAUGUCUGAUGUUAUGCGUUCUGCUGUAAAGAAAGUGGCAAAAUAUUUCCCCACAGCAAUAAUCAGUGGAAGAAGCCGUGAUAAGGUAUACGAGUUUGUAGGUCUAACAGAACUCUAUUAUGCGGGUAGCCAUGGAAUGGAUAUCAUGGGCCCUGUUAGACAGUCUACAUCUGAUGAUCACCCAAAUUGUAUCGAGUCUACAGACACGCAGGGAAAUGAAGUUAAUUUAUUCCAGCCAGCUAGAGAAUUUUUACCUAUGAUCGACGAGGUUUUUAGCUCCCUUGUCAAGAGUACCGAAGAAAUUAAAGGUGCAACAGUUGAGAACAAUAAAUUCUGUGUCUCUGUACAUUACCGAAAUGUUGAUGAAGAUAAAUGGAAAGCAGUUUGGGAGUGUGUCGAAGAUGUCAUUAAGAAGUACCCUCGCCUGCGAUUGACUGUUGGGAGGAAGGUUUUAGAAAUUCGUCCCACGAUCAAUUGGGACAAGGGGAAAGCUCUUGUGUUUCUACUUGAAUCACUAGGUCUCAGCAAUUGUGAUGACGUGCUCCCAAUUUAUGUUGGAGAUGACCGGACAGAUGAAGAUGCAUUUAAGAUUUUGAGAGAGAGGAACUGUGGUUAUGGGAUACUGGUAUCAAAAUCACCCAAGGAAAGCAAUGCAUAUUACUCUCUCAGGGACCCAUCGGAGGUCAUGGAGUUUCUCAAGUCCCUUGUGAUGUGGAAGAAGUCAAGUGCUCAAUAAAUGCUAUAAGGAAUGUACAAAGAAGAGGAGAAUAAUAUACAACAUGAAAGAUUUUAUACGUUUUUUUCUAGGAAGUACUCGCAAGUGGUUUUGAAGCAGAGAUGCAAAGAAGAGAAGACUUCCAUUAGAGACCUGAGGACCAUCAUCAUCCUACAUAACUAUUUCUGCUCGAAUCUUCUUGUCUUAAUUGUAAAUUCCCUUCUUUAAUGAUCUUCCGAAGAAUGCCAUCAUGUCUUGAGUAUAUUAAACCCCCCUUCUCCCUUCUUUCUUCAGUUUUGGUCGGUUUACCCUCAAGGUAGAGUCAGUCAAUCCUAAAUAUUUGUUAAUUCUUUUAAAUAUAGAAAUACCUCCUCUUGUACCUCCUAGUUUUUAUCCUAAUGUUUAAGUUAUUGUUCUUGUUUUGUGCAUUUCA